CGAGAGCUGUCGGCGCGGCGUCGUCGUCGUCGUCGUGAUGGAGCCGGGCGGUGUCGGGGGUCCGGCCGGCUUGCUCAUUGUCAACAACAAGCAACGGAGCGGGGCGCUGGGGCUGGCCACGCCGCCGACGGGGCCCGGGGGAAAGGGCCGGGAACCCAACCGCAACCAGCGGAAGGACUCGGAGGGCUUCUCAGAAUCGCCAGACUUUGAAUUUGAAUAUGCCGAUACAGACAAAUGGGCUGCUGAACUGUCAGAACUAUAUAGUUACACCGAAGGGCCUGAAUUCCAGCUCAACAGAAAAUGCUUUGAAGAGGAUUUUAGGCUCCAUGUGCUUGAUAAAAAAUGGAUAGAAUUGGACACCAACCAGCACCGUACUCAUGCCAUGAGGCUUCUGGACGGCCUUGAGGUCACUGCACGGGAGAAGAGGCUCAGGGUGGCUCGAGCCAUUCUUUAUGUCGCACAAGGUACAUUUGAUGAAUGCAGCUCGGAAGCUGAAGUUCAGUCCUGGAUGAGAUACAACAUAUUUCUUUUGCUUGAAGUUGGCACCUUCAAUGCUUUGGUGGAGCUUUUGAACAUGGAAAUAGAUAAUAGUGCUGCCUGUAGCAGUGCCGUGAGGAAGCCUGCCAUCUCCUUGGCUGACAGCACAGACUUGAGGGUGCUGUUGAAUAUUAUGUACCUUAUUGUAGAAACAGUUCGUCAGGAAUGUGAAGGAGACAAGCCUGAAUGGAAGACAAUGAGGCAAACCUUCAGAGCAGAAUUAGGGGCACCUCUGUAUAACAGUGAACCAUUUUCUGUAAUGCUCUUUGGAAUGGUGACCAAAUUCUGCAGUGGCCAUGCCCCUCACUUCCCUAUGAAGAAGGUGUUGCUUCUCCUGUGGAAAACUGUCCUGUGUACACUUGGAGGAUUUGAAGAACUUCAAGAUAUGAAGGCAGAAAAACGAGAGAUGCUGGGUCUCCCUCCACUUCCUGAGGACAGCAUAAAAGUGAUUCGCAACAUGCGGGCUGCCUCUCCUCCAGCCUCUGCUUCUGAUCUCAUAGAACAGCAGCAGAAACGAGGGCGGCGAGAACACAAGGCUCUUAUUAAACAAGAUAACCUUGAUGCCUUCAAUGAGAGAGAUCCAUACAAAGCUGAUGAUUCGCGUGAAGAGGAAGAAGAGAAUGAUGAUGACAAUAGUCUUGAGGGGGAGACAUUUCCCCUUGAAAGAGAUGAAGUGAUGCCCCCUCCAAUCCAGCAUCCUCCUACUGACAGGCUGACCUGCCCCAAAGGGUUGCCUUGGGCUCCAAAAGUUAGGGAGAAAGACAUUGAGAUGUUUUUGGAAUCUAGUCGGAGCAAAUUCAUUGGCUACACCUUGGGGAGUGACACCAAUACAGUAGUGGGAUUGCCCAGACCUAUUCAUGAGAGUAUCAAAACUCUGAAGCUGCACAAAUAUACAUCUAUUGCAGAAAUUCAAGUACAAAUGGAAGAGGAGUAUUUACGUUCCCCGUUGUCAGGUGGAGAAGAAGAAGUUGAACAAGUUCCUGCAGAAAUCUUGUACCAAGGUCUACUUCCCAGCCUGCCCCAGUAUAUGAUUGCCUUGCUGAAAAUUUUGCUGGCUGCAGCACCAACCUCCAAAGCCAAGACUGAUUCCAUUAAUAUCUUAGCAGAUGUUUUGCCAGAGGAGAUGCCAACAACUGUGUUGCAGAGUAUGAAACUGGGAGUUGACGUCAACAGACACAAAGAGAUAAUCGUAAAGGCAAUUUCUGCUGUUUUGCUGCUGUUGCUCAAACACUUUAAGUUAAAUCAUGUCUAUCAGUUUGAAUACAUGGCCCAACACCUGGUAUUUGCCAAUUGCAUUCCCCUUAUAUUGAAAUUCUUCAAUCAAAAUAUUAUGUCAUAUAUUACAGCCAAAAAUAGCAUCUCUGUUUUGGAUUAUCCAUACUGUGUGGUGCAUGAGCUGCCUGAGCUGACUGCAGAGAGUCUGGAGGCUGGAGAUAACAAUCAGUUUUGCUGGCGGAACCUUUUUUCCUGCAUUAAUCUACUAAGGAUAUUGAAUAAAUUAACGAAAUGGAAACACUCAAGAACCAUGAUGCUGGUAGUAUUCAAGUCGGCUCCCAUUUUGAAACGAGCCCUUAAGGUAAAGCAAGCCAUGAUGCAGCUCUAUGUUCUGAAGCUUCUCAAAGUGCAGACAAAGUAUCUGGGGCGACAGUGGAGAAAGAGCAACAUGAAAACAAUGUCCGCAAUCUAUCAGAAGGUGCGGCAUCGACUGAAUGAUGACUGGGCUUAUGGCAAUGACUUGGAUGCUCGUCCAUGGGACUUCCAAGCUGAAGAGUGUGCACUGCGUGCCAGCAUAGAGCGCUUCAAUUCUCGACGCUAUGACCGUGCACAUAACAACCCCGAUUUUCUGCCAGUGGAUAACUGUUUGCAGAGCGUUCUGGGCCAACGUGUUGAGCUGCCUGAAGAUUUCCAAAUGAAUUAUGACUUGUGGCUGGAAAGGGAAGUUUUUUCUAGACCCAUCUGCUGGGAGGAAUUGUUGCAAUGAGAAGGAAAUCUUCAGAGACUCCAUGUGCCCAGGAAUGAGGGCUCUCGCACUUCAGUCAGCCCAAACAUAGAGGAGAUAAACUGUUUUUCAUAUGGCUUGUAA